AUGUUGUCUGAUGAUUUACACUUAGAUGAAAUAGGUGGUCUAUCAACAUCUGUUAAUAAAUUUAAAUCAAAUACAGUUACACCAACUUUUAUGCACCCAGUCAUCAUCGAAAUGCAUGAAAUUUCAUCAAUCCGAACUCCAACUAUUAUUCACCCUCAAAGAAUUCGAACAACUACAGAUAACUUCAAUGUGACUUCGGCAUUAUCAUCCAGUAAACUUUUCAGUAGCUUAAUGAACCAUGAUGUUUCAAGUAAUUUAUCGAGAAUGAAAUCAAUGGAAGAAUAUCAAGAACAAAAGCCAAAACGAAGAAGUCGUGGAUAUACAUCGAGUGUGCUUGAAGACAGAUUAAAGACAACAGCGAAAAAUACUGAAAAAAACAAAACCGAUAAAAGAAAUCGUCGCUGUAUUGGUAAAAUCUGUCCGGCCUGUUCGGCAUGUUGUUGUGUUUCAAUAUCUAUUGGUAUUUUAUUACUUCUGAUGGGUAUUGCUGCUCUCUUGGUUUUUCUUCUCACAAAUACACAUAUUGUGACAACAACAGCAACAACAACAACUUCGACGACAUCAACGUCGACAACUUCAACAACAUCAACAUCGACAACUUCAACUACAACGACAUCGUCCACAAGUUCAACAUCAUCUACAUCACAAACAACAACAACAACAACAAGUUCAACUUCUACCAGCACAACAGCAACGACGCCGACACCUCCCUGUAUACCAACCUCAGUAGGUUCUGCAAGUACUCUUUUGACUAUCUCAAAUCCUACUGCUACUGGGUAUAAUUGUUACGCGUAUACAUGGACGUCACCUACCACAGGUCCAGUUACUUUUAUGUUUGAGCUGCGCAAUGAUCCAGGUCAGUGGUAUGUUGAUGAUACCUCUAUCUAUCAAGGAGGCACACAAAUGCUAACAAAUAUAGGUUUCGAAACUGGUUCACUUUCACCUUGGGUACGCACUGGACCAUAUGGAAGUUGUGGAGGGUACGUAGCCCGAAUUUGCAAUUAUAAUUGUCGAAGUGGAAGUUAUUGUGCCUGCGAUGGAAGUAAUUCAUGUGCCGAUCGACUUAGUCAACAAUUUACGGCUGCGGCUGGACAAGUGUAUAUCGUGAGUUUUUGGUUACGCACAGAUUCACUUGGCGCUGGUAUAACUGCGACAGUAACUCUCUCGUAA